AGGAAUAGUUGUGGACUCAACCUGAAAGAGCCUUUUUUUCAUAGACCGUACUGAAUAAUUCAUCUCAAAUGAUUAUAUUAUUAUUUACAGUCUUUACAGUAUAAAAAAUUGGUUUCUCAGUAAAUUUACUUAAAUAUGAAGAGAUUAACAUUAAUUAUUGAGAUAAACUGCGACUAAAUUUACAUCUGAUUGAAUAUAAGUUCGCAACAUUGGAACUAAAUCAAUUGGCCAAUAAUGGAAAGAUAUAACCCCUAUUCAUACAAUUACGAUUCUUCGGAUCAAUUAUUAAGAAACAAUGCAUACGACAACAGACAAUUAACAAGCGAAUUGAAUAUCGAUAAACGAAAAUUAGAGGAACAAAUAUUUAACGAGAAUAAAAAAAGACGUGAAAAUACAUGGACAGCAUCUGCAAGUACCUCAAAAGAAUAUAACGAGGAUGUGAAUUAUUUGGAGAACGAUAGACAACAUUUGUCAUCAAACACUUGCGAUAAAUUGUCUACAAAACAAAUCAAAACAAAUGAAUUUGAUAAAAUCGAAUAUGUUCCACAUCGUCUAUUGAGUCUCGCAUAUCAAAUUGAAUUGUCCGCACUAUGUUUACUCCGUGCGCACAUGUUUCGAAAUCCCCCAAAAUCCGCUAUAUUCAAAACAACAAAAAUUGGUCAAUUCAAUAAUAUCAUACAAUGCUUUAAUGGAGAUUACUAUUGUAUUAGAGUACAACAUGUUGAUACGUACUACGCUAAAAAGUGUAUAAAUCACAAAGCGUUGUUUUCCGCGAAAGAUGCAUCGCUAAGUAAUUAUUUAAGCGAAUUUGCCGUCGAAUUACUUUGUUACCUCGAAAAACCGACAGACGCGCCUAAAUAUUUGAUUUUCUACACCAAUUGCGCCUUGGAUUUAACACACGAUGGAAAUAAGCUGAAAUUACAAGAUGUCGAUAAUCCGGAAGAAGGUAUACAACUCGAGCAUCUGACUUCCGAAACAGAUCCCGAUUUGAUCAGACUAUUCAAAACUGGCUUCGACAAUGAUUGCGAAUUUUAUCGAUUUGGAAAGAAUGGGAAAAACUUGUCAACACUGGUGAAAUUUUCCAAUGAAGUUAAAAAUAGAAUUGGAAUGAAUAGAUUACACGAGGAGGGAAUGAAGAGGAAAUUCUUCGAUAGAGUAGUCUUUGCUGUGAAUCAACCAACAGUCGAGGAAUUGGUACACGUCGUAAGGUCCGAAUGCAGAAGGAGCAAUGAAAACUACAGUGAAUUUAGAAGAGAAAUUCUCGAGCAAUUGGUAAUCGAAGAGGAAUACGAGGAUAAGGAAAAGAAACAUGCGGGUAGUUUGCUGAACACGAUUUACAGUUUUGAUGUUUUUAAUUGUUGCCUCCAUGAAAUGUUCAUGUGGGAUAAUAUCGUUGAGCUACGAUUCAACGAGAGAUUCAAUGCAAACAGUAUCGUGAUGAAUUGCAGAAAUAGUUCUCUUUGUCUAAUACCCCUUGAGGUGAAUUUCGAAAAAUUCGAUCGUUGCGAAUUCGAGAAACAAAUCAAAUUUUUUCAUAUCAAGAAGCACUUGAAAUUCUUUAUUCGUAGUUUCGAUCCUGGUCUGGAUUAUUUUGUAAUUUUUACAAAUGCAAGUAUGGAGGUGGUAAGGGACUUGAUUUUAGGGGAGGAGUCAACUAGACUAGAAUUCUCCAGGCUGGAUGUUAGUCAAGAAAGGUAUUCUAUGUUUCAACACUCCUUCUUUGAUAGGAAUAAUAUCUAUCAAUUCUCUCCGGUCGAGACUGAAAAGCUCCUGGACUUCCUGACCCUGUCGGAUAGUUUCGAUUAUCAUAAAUUUUCCCCACUGAAUCCGAUCGAUGUGAAAAGGAUCUUUAUCGAUCGGGUUGUUUUCGCUGUAAGGCAGUACAGUUCAGAUGAAAUGUUCAAAGGUCUAGAGGAAAUUGUCGAUAUGGAUUCUCGUGUGCCGUAUGAUUUAAAAGGUUUGCAGAAAAUUGCGCUACGCUAUCUUAAGUCGUACGAUUAUGGUCCUAUGACAAAAGGAGUAAUGGCGCAAGUUGCGGAUGAUUUGAAAAAUCCACCUGUACAGAAUCGUUACUUUUGCGAAGAGAUUAAAUUCGCCGAAAGUGCGAUGGAACUGUUGGAUGUGCCCGAGUUUCCCGAAUUUGUUACAUUUUUGACCAGGGGGGAAGGAACGGUUUAUUUGGAUACACUCAAAAGGAAUGGAAUUGACAUCUUUCGGAUGGCGAGCAUGAUUCGGGGAUCACAGACAAAGGCUAAAAAUGUGUUUCUAGAGUUGUAUAAUUUAUGGUUUGAUCAGGAGGGGAAUAAGAAGAGGUUUUUGAAACUUUUCGAAGGGCAGGGAUUUGGUGUUGAGAACAUGAGCGAUAUGUUAAGGAACGCGGGGAAUACGUGUAGAUUCACUCUUGUUAAUUUUUUCAAUCUCCUGUUCGACGAUUACGGUUGUCCAUCGAUUUAUUUACGAUCCCUUCAAAUGGAGGGUGUGAACUUAUCCCAAAUUUCGUCAAUCCUAAGCGGUAGUAAAGAAAAGAGUGUGAAGAAGUUUAAAGACCUCUAUAAAUUCUGGUUUGAACCCGAUGGACAAAAGACUGAAAGUUUGAGAAACCUGGAGAAAUAUGGUAUCAAUUUGACAAUUAUUUGUAGUGUUAUAUCGAAGCCGCAUAAUUUUCCGAAUUUGUACAAUCUCUGGUUUCAUAAGAGUGGGAAAAUGACAAUGUUUUUACAAACAUUGUGUGAUGCGGGACUGAGUUUGACCCAAAUUUGCAGUGUUAUCAAGGGACCCGAGGGCGAUCCUAUGGUUGCAUUUCGAUUGUUGUACGAUUUAUGGUUCGACAAGCGGGGAAGGAAGACACUUUAUUCGCAGACAUUGGAGAAGGAGAGAAUUAGUCUGACGGUUGUUUUGGACAUUCUGGUCGAGACCGGUUGUCAGGUUAGAAAGGUUUUCAAAAAGCUCUUCGAUCGAUGGUUUAGUGCGAGUGGUGCCAAAACACCAGUCUUAAGGAACCUGGAGGCGAAAGGAAAGACCCUCGCCGGGAUUUGUAGACUUUUGUCCGGAGCCGGAUGUCUAGCGGUGGAGAAAUUUAGAGCCCUUUCCUCUUCUCUUGAGAGUGUCGAUUCGCCAAUUGAUCGGCUUCUGACGAACCUGGCCUGUAAGGAGGAGGUGAAGACCGAACUUGUUGCGGAGUAUCCCAAAUAUCGAGAAUUUCAGGAGCAUCAGGAUUAUCAAGAGUGUCAAGAUUUUCAAGAGCAUCAGGAUUAUCAGGAUUAUCAAGAGUGUCAAAAUUAUCAAGAGUAUCGGGAUUAUCAACAAUAUCAAGAAUCGUCAUCAAGUGAAGUAAUGAGGGGAAAUAGGAAAGACUUCUAUCAAACAUACCACGAUCAUCAAAAAGCUUCUUCUAGUAAUGUUAGGCCAUCAAUAAAUGAAGUGAUGGGAGGACAUCAAAAAGCCUCUUCUAGUAAUAUUAGGACAUCAAUAAAUGAAGUGAUGGGAGGAUAUCAAGAAGCGUCGUCAAGUAACAUUAGGACACCAAUAGACGAAGUAAUCAGAAAAGACUUCUUCGAGGCAAUACCAGACCAAUCGACUUCCAGUUCAGUUUACAAUCCCGAUUACGAACCGAAUGACUACGAAGACUAUGCAGACUUUGAAGAAACAAACCCCAUUCGCGAUGAUGAUGGCGAAGAAGAGGAAUCAGACAUUGAAGAGGGCUACAUGUUUAAAAACAAAUCCCACUCAAAAUCACAAUUAAAACAAAAGAUUUAUUCCUUCUUUGAACUAUUCCCCACAUGGAAGAAGGCGUCCCGUUACCGUCCUCAAUGGAAACGUGUCAUCAAGGAAGUACUACCAAUCAUCAAUAACCCCCAGGCUCUAAAAAGUUUCCUACAAUCAAAGUUGCAGAAAAAGAAAAUCGAUCAAACCGAAUACGACGACCUAUGCACCCUAAGUUCCCACGGACCUUUUAAUGCCGGAAAGUUACAACAUCUCCUUAUCGGACACAAAAAAUCAGGUAAAACUAACCUUACCAAAAAGGAUAGAUUCGUGAGCAUUAUUUUCCCAAACGAAAAAAGUGUCCAAUUUAACGAACUUUUGGAUUUUCUAGACCGACCCCAAGGAAAGUGGUACUUGAAAACAAUGUUGGGACACAAAAUUUUUCCUCAACAUUUAGCGAAAAUGUUGGUAGGUUGUAAGAAUGUAAACGAAGUUGUUGGUCAAAUGAAAGAACUACACGAACUAUGGUUCGAUAAAAAUGGUGAACGAAAUUUCUGCCUAAAGACACUGAGUUAUGAAAAAAGGAACAUACGAUAUUUAUUUGUCAUUCUAGGCAAUUCGGGAAAUAAUGCCGCGGAGGCUUUUAAAAAUUUAUACAAUCUAUGGUUUGAUUCAAAAGGAGAAGAAACACGGUAUUUGGCAACUUUCAAGGAAAAUGGAGUCACACCCAUAGACAUGUAUAUGACCUUUGAAGAUUCAGGUUCGACUUCUGCGGAAAGUAUCCAAAGUUUCUACAAUCAAUGUUUUGAUUCAAACGGAAGGAAAACGAAAUAUUUGACGAAAUUAGAAGCAGAGGGAAUUUCUCUACAACUUACGAUGACGAUUCUAAAAGCUUGUGGGGCUAAAACGAGUCAAGUGUUUCAAGAAUUUUACCAUCUUCUCUUUGACCUAAGGGGCGAUAAAACCCCACGUCUACAACACUUUGAAAAAAAUGGAAUCACUUCGCGAAUGAUUGCAAAAUGUCUGAUCAGAAAAGGUGAAAAGGUCUCCGAAUAUUUCGAACAUCUUCACAAUUUCGUCUUCGAUGAAAAUUCGAAGCGAUACUACAUGAGAAAUUUAGAAGAGGAAUUAAGUAUCGAAGAAAUCUUCGGUAUCAUCUCAGGUUACGAGACGGAUGUGAACGUUUUUAAGGAACUCUGUGAUCUUUGGUUCGAUAAACGGGGAAGUAAAUCAAAUUAUCUUCGUGCGUUGGAAGCAAACGGAGUUAAUUUAAAAUGUUUAGCUGGUGUUUUACGUGGAACGGGAUCUACCUCCUAUGUUGUAUUUAACAAUAUAUUCUCUUUCCUGUUCGAUAAACAAUUCAAUAAAUCGAAACAAAUGUUCCACCUGGAGGAAAUUAUUGAUUUGAGAGAUUUCUUUGAAAUUGUUAGCGGUGCAAAUAAACAGGUCUUCGAAGUAGUUAAGAGUCUCUAUCAACUUUGGUUCGAUUUUCAAGGGCGAAAGAGUGCAAAUAUUUUAUUUUUGGAGAAAAAUAAUAUAAGUUUGCAGGAACUUACUCCAAGAUUGGGAGGUUCAGGAAAAAAUGUUGUGCAAAAGUUUAAGAAAAUUUUAAAUUUAGCGAUUAGGAGAAAUUUUCGAAAACAUGAUUUAUUGCAACACUUUGAUAAAAAAUGGGAUGAUGAUGAACUCGGGUACUUUUGAGUUUUGAGAAUACUUUCGCAAAUGCUACUAUUGAGAAUACUAAAAGAAUAGUUUCAGUUUGUUACGAUUUAAAGUUAUGAUUACAAGGUCCGGAUGAAAAAUUCUUUUUUUAAGUGAAGAUUAUUAUUUAGAAAUAUGAAACUUUAAAAGAAUCAAGAAGUUGUAUUUAAAGAAAUAAUCACUACGAUUUCAAUUUAUUUCUUUAAUGUAAUGUAUUUAUAAAUAAACAGAUUUAUAGAAAAAUA